AUGUUCCGCAAGUCUGUAGUUCUAUGUGAAAAGCCGAAACCGGGUAGACCCGGUGACCAGCCAGCUAAAAUCGUGCCGCGACCGGCCACUUAUGAUAAUGCAGUAGCCCUUGUUAAGAAGCAUUAUGCGGAUUACCGUCUAGUCUCCCUCUCAACCAAUGAACACGUUGCGUACGCUGGACACAUGGUGGAGAUUACGAAGGAUGCCUGGCCUGCGGUGAAGGAUGACAUCGGGAUAAUAUACUUUGAUGGCUGGCGAUAA